GACACAUUGAAUUCGUUUUUAGUUUAGAUGCUUUCGUUCUUUGGGCUCUCGGAAGGAAUAAAAUUUGAAACAAAUCAUUUGGUCGACCUAUUCUGAAUUGAAAUUUUUAGAUACGAUUUUAAGAAGUUUUCGUAGUUCAGCGAAUACCAUGACUACGCAGUUUGGUAUGGAAAAGUGCGGUGGCGAGGGCUCGGGUGCGAUUGGCGCUGCGCUUGUUUUGAAUACAUUGGAGAGCGAAAUGUCCUUGGAUUUGAAGCCAUCACCCAAGCAGACGUGUAUACCGCUGCAUCAGCGCCAGCGCUUGGUAAGCUCAGAUACCAGUUUAAUGGGUAGCGUUAAUUCAAGAAAAAUUGAUAUUGAUAUGCCGGACAAGUCGUGGUCCGUGCUCUAUAUUGGCAGCAAAAGGGACGAGCGCUUUGAGUAAAAACUACGAAUAGAUGCGAGAAUACCAAACUGUGUGGUGCAGCCUUUGAAUAAUGAUGUUAAUGAUGAAGUUUCUCUAUAUUAAAACUCCCAGUUAAGUAAACAUGCUGCUGGAUCGUCUAUGGACCAGCAGCCUGACAAGCAGAUUCUUACUACUCUCUCUCUUUCUCUAAUUGUGAUUGACUUUUCUCGCCUCGACAUCACUCAGUUUAGCGAAACGAUAUAAAAUUUAAAUUCUUACUCGUG